UCUGUCCCAGUCUGGCAGGCGGUGCGUGGAUGGUUGGUUUGUGGUUGAGUUAAAGUCUCGCUCGCUUGCCAAUAUCACACAGCAAAUGCGUUAAUGCAAAGAGAUGGGAAUCUUGCAGUCAUGUUUCUAAGACGAAUUACUGUAGCGCUGCUCGCGCUGUGUGGAUUUAUAGCGAUCGGCGAUGCUCUUAAGUGUAAUUGCACAGCUUGUGAGAAGACCGGUUAUGUGUGCGAGACCGAUGGGGCCUGCAUGACCUCCACCUCCUACAUCAGUGGUCAGGAGGAGCAGCACGUACGAAUAUGUCUGCCUCGUGUCAGCCUGCAACCACCAGGACAGCCCAUCUACUGCCUGAGCUCCAAGGGCCUGCUCAACACACACUGCUGUUAUACAGAUUUCUGCAACAGCAUUGACCUACAAGUGCCCAAUGGGAUUCCUGAAGGUAACAGCUGGACAGGCUCAGGGGGCAGCUGGGGUCCAGUAGAGCUGGUGGCUGUGAUCGCAGGUCCAGUUUUUCUCUUCUGUCUGCUACUUAUCGUGGGAGUGCUUGUUUUUCAGUACCACCAACGGAACUAUAACCAUCGGCAGCGACUUGACGUGGAAGAUCCAUCUUGUGAUCAUCUCUACUUGGCCAAAGACAAGACCUUACAGGACCUCAUCUUUGAUCUGUCCACCUCGGGUUCAGGGUCUGGUCUGCCCCUAUUUGUUCAGCGGACAGUAGCUAGGACAAUCGUACUGCAGGAGAUCAUAGGUAAAGGGCGUUUUGGGGAGGUAUGGAGGGGGAGAUGGAGAGGAGGAGAUGUGGCUGUGAAGAUCUUCUCCUCCAGAGAGGAGCGCUCCUGGUUCCGUGAGGCUGAGAUUUACCAGACCAUCAUGCUCCGGCAUGAAAAUAUCUUGGGCUUCAUUGCUGCUGAUAAUAAAGACAAUGGCACAUGGACACAACUGUGGCUAGUCUCAGACUACCAUGAACACGGCUCAUUAUUUGACUAUCUCAACCACUAUUCUGUUACAAUCGAGGGCAUGAUAAAGAUAUCGCUCUCAGCUGCCAGCGGAUUGGCACAUCUGCAUAUGGAGAUACUGGGCACACAGGGGAAACCAGGCAUUGCACAUCGUGACCUCAAAUCUAAAAACAUCCUGGUGAAAAAGAAUGGUACUUGUGCCAUAGCAGAUCUGGGGCUCGCUGUACGGCACGAGUCCAUCACUGACACUAUAGACAUCGCACCCAAUCAGAGGGUCGGCACCAAAAGAUAUAUGGCCCCAGAGGUACUAGAUGAAACUAUCAACAUGAAACAUUUUGAUUCUUUCAAGUGUGCUGAUAUAUACGCUUUGGGACUGGUAUACUGGGAGAUUGCACGACGGUGUAAUGCUGGAGGCAUCCAUGAAGAUUACCAGCUCCCAUAUUAUGAUCUGGUGCCCUCCGAUCCCUCUAUAGAGGAGAUGAGGAAGGUGGUGUGUGACCAGAGACUACGACCCAAUGUGCCCAACUGGUGGCAGAGCUACGAGGCACUGAGAGUAAUGGGGAAGAUCAUGCGAGAGUGUUGGUAUGCCAACGGGGCUGCCCGUCUUACAGCUCUACGGAUUAAGAAGACACUUUCUCAACUCAGUGUCCAAGAAGACCUUAAGAUCUGAACCAUGUGGGAGACUGCAGAUCCCUAUAGAGACACACAAGUGAAUUAAAAAAAAAAAGACUUAAGCAAAAAGCAGCCUGCCAGUUUUAGUCCUCUUUUAACCUUUUCAAGUUGUGACGAGGCCUACCUCUUCAUCUUAGAUGAAACUACUGAGUGUCAGUCCAUCCCAGCCCUGCUCUAUUUCUCCAUCUUUCCACCAUCUUUUUAAGAAAGGUAACUUCAACAUUUUCAAUCAUGGAUAAACCUCCCAACCGCUGAUGUCAGCACAACCUCCCUCCAUGGACCUGCUUAAAUUUUUUUUUUUUUUUUUUUUUGGCAGGAAUGACAGGCAUUUUGAUUUGUUCACCUUUUAUAUUUAACCACUUCAAUGUUUCAUCCAGAAUGGACUUUGCUGUGUGACUUCUUGAAAAAAAUACAUUUAGAUUUCAUUUGUUCAUCCUCAUUCACUAAUAUACUGUACAUCACAUUCCAUCAUAAAUGUACAAGAAUAUAUAUAUAGUGAUCUGCUGCUGUUGUGAGAAUGUGAAAAACUUGGAUAACACUGUUUCCUUCUGUUACUAGCAAUUCAUGUUAAAAGCUAAGUGUAGCAAAGCAAAAAUGCAUUGCAGUUCUUUGUUCUUUCUUUAAUUUUGUAAGAGGAGCAGAAAAAUUAUUUACUCCCAGCAGAACAUGCAAUGUAUGCAAUCCCUUUAAAUACUCACAGGCACAGGCUUACCACACACCCCCCCCCCCAAUACUAGAGUGCCAAAAAUUUUUUAAAUGUCUUAACUAAUAUAGUUAAACUUGUUGAAAACCCAGUAAACACACAUUUUAAGUGGUCCUCACUAGUAAAAAAAGGUUCAUAAAUCAGCCAAAUCAUGUUUGGGUUUAAAUCUACUGAUGUACACAGGUUUCUGUGAGGGUUAGGUUUAGGCAUAGGGUUGGGGUAUAGAAUAUAUAAUUAGCCUGCUGUGCAAUCAAUGGAAGACUAUGAGAUGUCCUCACUAAUAUAGUGAAACAAACCUGUGUGUGUGUGUGUUUAUGUUUAAUUGUUUUGGGGGUUUUCAAAUCUGUGUAAAUGCUGAGUUCACUGUGGGAUGAUAGAUUGCUCAUGUUUAGUCAUAACUUGCAUUGUUCUUGAUAAGGUCCAUUAUAACACCAGUGUUUUCAGUACUUGGAAUAUUAGUAAUUUUGGCACAUAAGAGAGUUGCAUAAGGAAAGUCAAAAAUUUUCCCCCCUUAAACUCCAUUAUUUUAAUGGGAAUGUUGUAUAAAUACUCUAUAGGAAAUGGAAUGUUGGCAUGAGAAACUGCACUGUUGUUUUAAUGUUUGCUCUGCUCUGUGUCCUUUAGGGAUGUAGUAGCACCACUUCACAAAACAUAUGAAGUAUUGAAGUAUAAUAUUGCAUCUUUCUGUUUGCUUUUAUUAUAACACUUGUAUUGCUCUGGUUUGCCAUGCAUUGAAGAGUUAUUCAAUUUAAUUUAAAUGUACUACUGAAUGUUUCCUUGUGAUUUUUGUGUUUGCUUUUUGCCAAGACAAAUCACUUAACAUUGUAAACAGCAACAUUUCAUCAUUAGCUCAUCCCUAGAAUGCCAAUUUCACCACUGCCUCCACCCCUUACAAACCUAAAGCAUAGUCUGCACCCACAUCUUGUUCAUUUUCAAUUCAAGGGUUUACAUAAUUGUAGAAAUGCUGAGAGCAGGGGUCCUAUAUUAUGUGUAAGAUACAUAUGGCAGGAUCUGUUGUAGUCCAUUUCUGAUUGGCGUGUGCGUUUUAUGUUGUACAGGCCAUAUCUUAUGAAUCUGUUCUCUGUAGAUAAGAGUAUGUUUGACGACAGUAGCAUGAUUUCAUGAAACUGUACUUUCACUUGAAUUGAGAAUGCCUAAAACUAACAAUUCUGACUGAACUUUUUAUCAUGGUGCUCUACGUCAUACACUGGGAAUUCUGUCCUUAGAAAUGUAAUGACAAGGAGAGAAAAAAAAUGCAGGCUAGUUGUUCCGCUGUUAUUUAUAUUGCGUUUGCUAUUUUUUUUCUCCACAACUUUUUGCAAUUGUGUUUAUGUACUCACCUUUGAUUAGGAUGAGGAAAGACAUUUAGAUGAUACUGGAUUGGCACAAGUUGUGGUUAUUGCUACUUUGUGGAGGAAAUUGUCAAAUAUUUGUCCAUUAGUUCUGACAAAUGUACAUAAAUGGUAUACAGUAAUAAAGUCUUUUUUCCUA